UUAUAUUGGUGGAGGCUUACUCAUAAGAGGUGCUCCUACAAUGGAGGAAGAUUCAAUUUACAUAAACAGUUUGCAAAACAAACGCACUUGUGAUCUAGAACAAAUUAAGAACUAGGAAAUCGAAAGUAGACGAAGCAAAGUAUUUUCAUACUUUCAUUAGGCCCUAUUUUCCUUGAUAGAACAAUGGCACAUAAAGGACCUCCACCACCAUAUCAGUACCAAGGACCACCAGCUGGUCAAGCAUCCAAUACAACAAUAUAUGUUAACCAGCAGCCACAAACAAGAGUUAUACAUAAAUCAUCUCCAGGUUUGUUCGGAUCAAUCAUGAAAGAAGUGAACAGUGUAGGCAGGGAGGUUGAAAAAGGUCUGAAUUGGGCUGGUAACCAGAUAGACCAUGCUGUCAAGCAAUGUGAGACUGGAAAUAUUUUGCAAACUUUCCAGACAAACAAUGUAGUACAGUUAGUAUCCAGAGCAAGUGGACGAUCACUACAGAUUGUUAUGUCACCAACACAACAGUUAGUCAUUGACGGAUGUGGGGCAGAGGGACCUCAGGCUUUUAAUACUUUAUGGACUGUCGUAAAUGAGAAUAACAACCAAGUUCGUCUCCAUAACAACAAUAACUACAUUGCAAUUGUCAAUGGCUUAACACAGCUAGUGCACAUGCCACCAGGUUCAAUGCACGGAGCAGAAACCAAAAUCCAGUUACAUCAGACCAAUCAGUUUGUUACCCUGGCGUCAUGUAAAACUGUAACACAGCAUGUUGGUGUACUAGAAAAUGGACAAUUGAAAUCUGCUUUGGCCACACACAGAAAUGACACUCAUGCUAUGUUUGGUGUAAGACUGAUAUCUACACCUUAUGCUGGAGCACCUGCCAAACGAUAAAGAUGUAGGAGUGGAAUCUGAUCAUGUGAUAUAUACAAACUACAUGUACUUUGUAUUCAAGUACAUACACUUUAAUGUCUAAUGUUUAUCUUGUUAUUCUUAAGUAACGUUCAUCAGUAGCUAUGACAGUUAUUAACCAUGUAUACCUUCUUGUAAAUCAAUGUUCACCCAGUUAGUGCCAUAGUUUAUAUGCAACUUUUCUUUUGCAUCUCUAAGUGACAAUUUCCAUUUAACCUGUGACAGCAACUACAUUUGAUAUGAAAUUGGAGCAUGAUUCAAAGAAUACUAAUAUAGCUUGAUGUUUACAAGACUUUCUAUUUAUUAAUGCAAUUAACCAAAUAAACAGUAUUAUUAUAUUAUAUUUCACUUUCCUAGAAAUACUAACUCAUUAUCAUUUUGGAGUAGGUCUUUAUAAAUAAAUGAAUGUUUAUAUAUUGUAUAUUAAUUGAACUGUGAUAUAGUACUUUUAAUACACAUCAUUGACAAUUGAUAGAAGUGAAAGAUUACAUAUAGUUUCUUGAUUUAAGGGAAAAUUAUGUACAAAAUAAUUUUCAUAUGUUGUAAAAUAUUAUAUAGAAAAAAAGUUUCCGUACAAAAAGUAACUCUAAAAGUAAUGAAGAGCAAAUUGAAAAGAAGAUCAACUAAAUCUAUUAUUUUUUUGAUCCAUAUUUUAUUCAUUAUUGUUUAGUUUUGUUUGAAUUGUGUGAUAGAUAGAAUUUCUGUUUUUAGUAUAAAGCACUGUACUUAUCUCCACCUGAAUUGAGCAUGUUUGUGCAAUAACUUUCUUGUCUGACAAAAAAAAUGUAAUUUUUUUUGUUGAUGUAUAAUCCAAAUAACUAUUAUUAUUCUGUUAUACAUGUACUAUUAAUGAUAGCUAUAUUUUGAUAUAAAUAUGUUCAUCUUUGAUAAGAUUGUUUGAUUUGUUGAAGUGGGACAUGUCCUCCUGCUGUCGAUUGGUUUUUACAGAUUUCUGUAGUUUUCUGAUUAAAGGACUAAAUUUUUACAGUUCACUUUAAAAAGCACUUUUAGGUAAAAAAUAUUUUUACACAUCAAUAAUUUUGUCAAAAUCUCACAUAUUUUUAUGAAAUUUGAACAGAAAAUUCUUCAUAAUCAUCAGAUAGCAUUUGAAUCAAAAGUUUGCUUUUUUCAUUUUUUCAUCCUUAAAAAUUAUUGUUUAAAUUUUCAUUGUUUGCUGUUAAUGUUUAGAUUCAGUCUGGUGUUGUCUUUUUUUUUAUAUAUACAUAUGUAACUUUGUAAUAUAUUCAUUGAAUAUAAUUAACUUGAUAGAAGCUUUUUGUCUAAUAAAGAAGGUGGGACCGAAAACUACAGGGAGAUAACUCUGUAAAAUCAGCUAAACGUUUUUAUCACAUUGUAUUGUUAAGGAAAUCGUAUGCUUCUAAAUGAUCUAAAUUAGUGUUUGUCAAACUUCUAUGUAUCCACCAAUUUUUUCCAAGAAAGUGAUUGAUUCAAUUUUUUUUAAUUUUAUUAAAAGGGUGAAAGUAAAUAACUUGUUAAAAUUUUAUGAAAAGUAAACAAGCCAAAUUAAUUUUAGUCAAGGUGUUGGGUACAACCUUAAUUAAAACCUGAUGUAGAUUUUUAUUUUUCCUUCCAAGUAAAUUACUGAUAGAUUGACUUCCCAGUAAGUUUUUGCAUUAAAUAUUUACUUUCAGUUUGUGGUUAAUAUGUUUCUUAGAAAUCCAUUACUUUGUCAAUUGAUACUGGAUAUAAGAAGUUAGAUAGAAGUUUCUUAAUAAAAGUAAAAAUAAGGCUUCAAAGGAAAACUUUUGCGAUUUAAAAAACAAAUCUUCAUUUUACUCACUAAUAGAUGGGUUUAGAUUUUGGCGGUCAGUUUUACGCUUUUACAAUAGCAAUCUCAAAGAAAGACACAGGGAACUUUUUACUUAUAUUUAUUAGAAAAUGUUACCCAUUCUUGAUUAUGUUUUAUUGUUUGAAAUUAUAAUCCCUUGACUGUCUGUACAUUUUCUUUCCAAUCAAUGUAUACAAUUGAAUAUUGACAUGUUUUCAAUUAUUUUUUAUUUCACUAUAAUUUAUGUAGUGUUUUAUUGUUAGCAGGAUGUUAUUUUGUUAUAUACAAGUGUAUUCCUUGCACUUUUGUCAUCUGUAUUUCAAUAAAAAAGUGUUUUAUUAUUGUGA